CGGAAGUUUUGUUUUGUUGUAUUUGUUUUUGCAAAAUAUUAUAAAAAGCCAAUCAUGCCAGAAAAAGGUGAACCAGAGGUGUUUUCUAACCCUCUUCCACCAAGUGAUCAUUUCAAGAAACCAGACGAUGAGGAUGAUGACAGCCAUCCUCUCACCAAUGAAGAUUUUCGACGGAUGUUGAUGACACCAAAGUCAUCAUCAUCGGGAGGAUACCAGUCCACGAUUCAUGCAGCAUUAAACGAUCAGUCUAAGGCAGAGGAGGAAGAUGAUGAUCCAGCAACAAGAAGACAAAAAAAGAAAAGUUACUAUGCUAAACUUAAACGGAUUGAGGAAGAAAGGCAAAAAGAACUUAGAGAUAAAUACAGAGACAGGGCACAAGAGCGAAGGGAAGGACAUAACAAAGAUUAUGAGGAGACGGAAAUCAUCAGCACAACGGCAGACUAUAGGGCUGUUGCACCAGAUGCCAAAGCGGGAGAGAACUAUGCUGAGCGUCGAAAGCAAGUUAUUCAAGAGUCCAAGUAUCUGGGAGGAGAUAUGGAACAUACUCACUUGGUGAAAGGUCUUGAUUAUGCAUUACUUGAAAAGGUCCGAGCUGAAAUUUCAUCAAAAGAAAUAGAAGAUGAGGAUGCUAUGGAAAAAGCUGUCACUCAAAAGAAGGAAGAAGAAGAAAAUCCAGAAGAUAAAAUCCAGUUCAAGACAAAAAUGGCAAAAAAUGUAUAUCGCACUUUAUUGAAAGUGAAACCUCUGGAGAGAAAUGAACUAUUCCUACCAAAAAGAAUGGCAUAUGUCGUUGACUUGGAGGAUGACUUUGUCGAGUCAGAUAUUCCGACCACUCUUAUCAGGAGUAAAGCUGACUGUCCAAGUUUAGAGGCUACAACUACUCUGACAACUAAUGACAUAGUGAUUAACAAGCUCACCCAGAUUCUCUCAUAUCUCCGACAAGGAAAGCGAGAAGUAAAGAAAAUGAAGAAAAAGGAUAAAGGUAAAAUUAAGGAUGAUGAUAAAGCAAAAGAAAAGCUGGCUGGAGCUGAUGACAACAUCUAUGGAGGUAUUGGGGAGUACAUUCCAUCUUUCUCCAAGCAGAAAGACAAAAAGGAAAAAAAGGACAGAGAGAAGGAAAGAGACGGUUACCGAGAUCGCGAUCGUGAUAGAGACUCCCACAGAGAUCGGGACAGAGAAAGGGACAGAGAACGUGACUUUAGAGACAGAGAAGCAGACCGUCGUGAUAGACAUCGUGAUGAUAGGGACAAAGACAGACAGAGGGACAGAGAUCGAGACCGAUCAGACAGGGAUAGAGAGAAGAGGAAGUCGUAUUUUGAAAAACCAAUGGAAGAGGAUGAUGUCAGCAAACCAGCAGGUUCAGCUAAAGACAUUGUCAAGAACAUCAAUGACAAGUUUAAAGAUUUUGCCGAGUUGGAAGAAGAGAAAAUCAAAAAAGCAGCUAAAACGGAGGAGGACAGAAUGAAGAAGCUCAAGGCAAAGAGUGAGAUUGACAGCUAUGCAGAAUGCUAUCCUGGAAUGAUGGAGUCCUUUGAUGCAUUUGGUGAUUCUGAUGAUGAAGUCGAUUACACCAAGAUGGAUCAAGGAAACAAGAAGGGUCCCAUUGGACGCUGGGAUUUUGACACGCAAGAAGAAUACAGUGACUACAUGUCCAAUAAGGAAGCAUUACCCAAAGCUGCUUUCCAGUAUGGUGUUAAGAUGUCGGAUGGGCGGCGAACGAGGCGCACUGGACCUAAAGAUGAGAAAUCUAAACUAGAUCGUGAACUUCAGCAGAUAAACAACAUUAUUAAAAAGAGAAAAGUGACUGGAUUUGAACACGGUGGAAAACAGCCGAGAUACUGAAAAAUGUAGUCCAAUGGUUUGAGAAUAAACAUGAUUAAAAACAGAAAAGUGACUGGCUUUGAACAUGGUGGAAAAGAGCCAAGAUAAUGGUUGCAGUCUGAUGGUUUUAGCAUGCAUUGAAACAUUGUGGGAUAUGAACAGGCUGUCUAAACCUAUUGACAGAAGUAUACAUUGGUUUUUAGUCCGUUUUUGUGGUGUCUAUUGUAUUACAGUAAUAACAAAGUCCUAGACAUUUUACAAUACAAGUGUAAGCAUUUAUAUUCAACAAAAUUCAACAUACGGCUAUGGUAUGGGUAAAUUUAUAAACCGUGUCAAAGUACUUUUCGAAAGUUAACCAUUAUAUCACACACAUUUUGAGAUUUUAAUGUACCUGAAAUGAGCUAUCCCGUUUUCUGCUAUUGUAACAUGUUUCCGACUAGUGGAUCCUUUUUAAAAAUAAAAUAAAACAUUAAAUAUAUUUUCUUGUUUCAAACAUGCUGGUGUGUUUUUCGUUGUUCUAAUGUUUAUAGUACAGAUUUAUUUUUUCUUUCAUAAGUAUGAAAAUAUUGUGAAAGUAAAAUCAGUUUGGGUUGACAACAAAAAACUACAUGACGUUUUGUAUAUAUACAGAUAUUCUUAGAUGAAUGUAUUUAAUGUUGGUGCUGGUUGUUUUAAAAAAGCUGUAUUAAUAAAAAAAUAUGUUUCAUUGGCCACAAA